CUGUGUGACUGGAUCAGUGCUUGCCAGAGUGUGCCUAUUUCUGUAAAAAGAUUGGACUUUGCAAGAUGGUCGGCAGGUGUCGGGGGUUGCAAGACUAGGGUGCCGGGGGUGCGUGGCGCGCAGAUGCAGUCAUCGGAGGCGGCAAUCCGUCUGCCCUAUUCGUUGUGCUGUGUACGAUCGAGUCGCUCUGUGGCCACUCUCGGCAUGGAGUAGCAACGCGACGGACAUACUUUUGUGUCUCCUCGUGUAAAUUGUUUUCGUCCGUCGUUCAUCGGUGAAGUUUUAAGUGUUGGACACAAACAAUUUUUGGCGAUGAGCAACAACGAGUUCGGGUGCGCGACGCCGCAAGUGAUGCGGGCCAGCGGCCGUUUGGCCGCCUCGAACGAGCGGCUGUGCUCGUCCGAGCCAAGCUCGCUGUCCGGCUCGCCGGUACAUCAAGGCAGGUGGGCCUCGCCGGCCACCACGCUGCUCGUCGAGACCGAGUGGGAUGGCAAAGAAGUCACAGUCGUCGAUGGAUUCGUCAAGUUCAGGGACAACAAGAGGUGGAAGCAACGCUGGGGCGUCGUGACCAAGCUGUCUCCUGCUGCAGACUGCCUCCACCUCCAGCUCUACAGGGACUGCAAGGAUCGAUACAAGCAGGGACAGACCAAGGCCUCCCUUUCCCUCCAACACUUCCUUGGACUCGAAAGUGGCUUCACCCUGGACAAGGAGUCAAACACGGUGGCCAUCAUCUGCCAGGACCUGACCGUGGUGUUGGCCUUUGACACCAGGGAGCGACUCAUCCAGUGGCAGGUCAAGAUCGCCACGCACCUCGGCGAAGACCAACAGUUCCUCAUUCAGGUCAGCUCGGCACCACCCAAGUCCAAGGUCGUGCCUGGACCUGCCAGGUUGCACAUCCAAGAUCAUAAAUUCUGCCUCACCAACGGCGUCCCACCGCGCCUCCUCGGAGUCUGGGAAAUUGGACAUCUGAGACGUUAUGGGGUGGUGGACGGCAAAUUCUGCUUUGAGGGUGGUUCCCGUUGCUCUGCCAAGUGUGAGGGUCUGCACAUACUGGGCUGCGGACAGGCGUCCGAAGUGCACCAGGCGAUGCAGCUGGCCGCCCAGGGCAAACUGGCCACCAGAAGAAGGCCUCUGAGUCGCAAGAUGUCUGCCAUGGACAGUCCUCGCAAGAUGCUGCACUCUCGAACGGAAACUCGUGCCUCCGACCUGAGCAGCUGCGCCGAUUCGCUGAUGGGCAGCGACCUCCUGAGCAGAAGCAUUUGCGAGGCGCACAACAGCGCCACCAUGGAGGAUCUGACCGGUCGCCGCUCGCCGUGGUCGUCGGCCGAGUCGGCUCACACUGACCUUAUGGACAGCUGCAGUGACGCCACCUCAGUCGUCGCGGCCGACAUUGAGAUGGAGCGCCGCGGCGUUGCCAUGGAACGCUGCUCGUCGUGCAUCAGCAAACUCGGUGCCAUUUCUGUCAAAGGCGCUAAUUUCACACACACCUGGACGGUUGAUCAGCACAGCCAGAGCGCCUGUCUUCAGGACCGAACGUCCCUGUCUUCAGGGAGUAGCGGAAGCGGUGACUGUUGGUAUGACCGUCCCAGGGCCGUUCAGCCACCGCCAGUCAUCCCCCCAAAGAGCCCAAAACACGCAGCUGCAGCGCCUCCUGUAGUGAUGAACGGCAGGUGUCAAUGCUGCCCCCCAGAGCGGCCGCCCAAACCACAGUCGCCGCGGAGGGCUCCUCCACCCACACCGCGCCCUGGACAUGCUCAGCCGGUGCACUCGGCGGUUGACGAACACAACUAUGACGUUCCUCGCUCUUUCUUGCAUGCAAAAAUGCCUAUGGACUAUUAUGACACACCAAAGAAGCUGAGGGAGGUGAUAGGUGACUUUGGUAACUAUGACACGCCGCCGUGCGCCAAGUCCAUCGGCCGACCGGCCUGCAAUUGCCCUCAGCAGCAGCAGUUGUUCACGCAACAACCAAGGGCUGAGAGCCGCCUGUCUGCCAUUUCAGAGACUAAGUACAGCAAAAUAGAACUUGAGGAUGGCCGGCAGUACCUGCGAAGGCAGCACCCCGACAUGUGGGCCCAGCAGAACAAGCAGCAGGGAUGCGGUUUGCUUGGACAGCAGGCGAGUUGCCCAUGCCACAGGGUAGCCAUGGGCUGGACGGAGUUGCUGCCCUGCCGAAGAGGCUCGGGCGCCGAGGCCGACACAGGCGUGCCCAUUCACAAGGUCAGGCUGAAUGGCGAGGGCCGCAUGCCGGUGCGCGACCCCAGUGGUCAGCUGUCCGUGCUCUACGCCACCGUGGACAAGACGAAGAAGAAGAUGCGACCUCCGCCGUGUCCCAACUACGUCAAUGUUGAGGAGCUGCGUACGGGGGAGCAGCAACCUCUGGUGGGACAGCAGCCCACGGCCAAUUACGCCAACCUGGACUUUGCUCAUUCACUGGAGAACUACGAGAACGCCAAGGACAUCCUGCAGAGAGCCGGAAUCUCCAAGGAUGACCUUGAGCAGCAGAGGGAGCAGUACAUAAUGAUGGAGCCAAACAACGCAAGCACCAACAAGUUCCCAGGCUACCUGGCGAUGACGCCAGCAGCCAACUUAGGCAGGGCGUCCAGCAUUCCAGCGCUAUCCUCGCGGCCAGGACACCAGAUGAACUCGAGCUCUCCAGGAGCGGUAGACCUCAGGGCGCUGCAGAGAAAGCGGUCGAGCUCUGCGGACGCGUCCCGCUUCCUCUCCGACGACGAAGACAACGCCCUCGAGGACAACGACAACUCGCACAGCACUGAAACGGUGCAGGAGCGGCUCUCGGCAGAGGCGGCCCUUCGAGAAGAUUCCUCUCCGUCUGAGCUGCUGCACCUGUCUGACGCGUCCACCCUGACCGAGACGGACAGCGUUGAGAUCAAGUUGAUGACCUUGCCGCGAUCUAACGUGGAGGACGCCAAGGACCGACAGCCGGCGGCCGUGCACAUCCGCAGGUCCUCCUCGGUGCCAUGCAAAACUGCCGGACACAACAGAGACUCGUCCAGCUCGAACGACUCAGGCGUGUCCGCCGGCUCGCCCUACUUCCCUGACCUCGAGCCCAAGACAGUUUGCAUCCACUCGUCGCUGCCCAGGAGGUGCAGGUCCUCCGAACCCCUCAAAGACGUAAAGCAAUUGCCCAAAGCACCAAAGUCCUCCUCCGCAGAGGCUGAAGUUCCAAUCAGCAUUCAGCCUUCCAGAGGGAUGAACGGCAGGCCGGGAAUCUAUAAAGGAACAAAUGGGGACGCAAUCACUCCCGCGCCCUACCCCGACUCCCACAGCACCAGCAGCGGUACGUCUGACAUGUCCGACUACAUUGAGACGCUUUCCCUGUCCAGUCACAGCAGCUCUGACAUUCCAGACAGCAUGAGACUUGGACUGCUAAUUGGAAGACAAGCGACAACAACGCUGAGACCAAGAUCAGGUCGGGAAUACCAGAAAAUCGACAGGGCGUUCAUUGAGACCGAUUUGAAGGGAGCCGUGACGGAGAAAUCAGGGUCUGGAUUGAGAGGCCUGUCGCAGUACCCUGGAGCAGAUAAAUGUGAAUCGCCGUCGCCAGGAUACAUGAGCGGCUCGCCAGGGCAGGAAACCCAAAAUGGGCAACCGCACUAGCAAACUCCCAAGUGAUUUUAAAGAGGAAAUUUUGAAUAUGUACUGCGAGAAACAAAAGAAUGAUUUCCAUUUAAGACUUCAGCAGCGUGCAGACAACGAGAUGUGCAUUUAUUUAAGAAAAAACGCAUUAUUAUGUGGACCUACCUCGAGUGAAAACUGUACAUAUCCGGGCGAAAAUUUUUUAGUUCAAACUUGAAUAAUCAACAAAAAGUUUAUUUAAUUUGAUUAGUAGUAAGAAAUGCAGCUGACUGUACUUUUCCUCUUUCUUUUUUUAACUCGAAAUACAGACUUGAGCUUAAUACGAUGAGUAAAUUCAGCAGGAUGUUCUGCUCUAUAACUGUUAGUCAAAAGAACGAAUUGAGAAAAUAGGCCUACUAUGUAAGGGAGUAAUAGAUGAUAAGGUGUAUUUAUAUAUCUCUUCCAUACGAAUAAUAAUAAUUAACGCUCCCGCUGCUCUCUUGUACUUGAUCUUGGUGGAUGAUUUUUUUUGUGAUAGAGCUCAGUUUUCAUUAUUACAUCAUGUAAUAGUCCCACUAGUCAACCUCUUGUAUAAACUGGAAAACAAAACUUUUACUCAUCUUCUCACACUCUUUGCUCUAAUUACUGAACUCGUCAUUAACAAGAAUUAGUUUAACUCUGUUUUAUAUAACGAGCCAAAAUGAUUUUUCUCCUGGGGGUUUUGAAAAAAUACAAGAAAGAGUUUUUGCAAUUUUAUACCAUUUAAAUAAAAAAAGUUAUUUAUUACCACAGAGAGAAGAAUAAAACUCGUGUAUAGGUCUAUCUAUACAGUGCAUGUGUAUUUAACGAGACGAAUUCUAAAUCAUUGUAUACCACAACACACAAGCUCCUUAUAUGUAUGUGAGAAAAUGGUUUCCAUUGUUGUAAGAUCAAAUACCUGCGUAGAGGAUUAUGGGGGAAAAAGAAAUUGUUUUAUAAAAGACGCCAAUGUAAAAAAGGUAAAUAGGAAAAAAUCAUGUAUAAAAUGAGGAAUAAAUUUAUUGAA